AUGAUCCCCAAGUGUAUUUCGAUGACCAUGACCAUCCAAAAGAUCUCAGUUGAGGACCUCCCCAAACUCCUUGUCAAUGACCUCAAGGUGAAGGUCGCUGGCAUUGACUGUGAUGGCAUUCUCCGCGGCAAAGUGAUGUCUAAAGAAAAAUUCCUGGGCAUUGCGCAAAAGGGUUUCGGGUUUAGUUCGGCAGUGUUUGGCUGGGAUAUGCAAGACGUGCUCUACACAACCAAUGCUAAGAUCGCACCUCCAGAAUCGGGGUAUGUAGAUUUUAUAGCUGUCCCCGAUCUAAACACGUUCCGGCGCAUACCGUGGGAAGAUGAUAUUCCCUUUUUCUUGGUGCGGUUUGUUCAGAAUGGCAAGCCCGUGUCCGCAGACGGGAGGAGCAUGUUGAAGGACGUAUGCGACAAACUUGCUGCAUCUAAUUGCAAGGCCAUGGCUGGAGUUGAAUUGGAGUUUAUGAAUUUCCAAACCCCUUCACAAGAUGGAUAUGGUGGUACCGAUGGAGUUGGUGCGCGCGACAUAGCCGCUUUUCUUGAGAAAAAUUCACCAGGUGCCCUACGCCCAUUGACCGCCGGCAGUUUCUCAUACAGUGCGACGCGACCAGUCGCUUAUAAACGAUAUUUCUAUGAUAUUUUCAACACAAGUGAACAGUUUGAUUGCAGGAUCGAAGGAUGGCACACCGAAGGUGGACCGGGAGUAUAUGAAGCGGCCCUCAAGGUAUGCGACAUUAGUGAGAUGGCGGAUAGAGUGUCUCUCUUUAAAUUUCUGGCAAAAUCCAUAGGAAUAGAGCACGGAAUCACGCCUUGUUUUAUGGCGAAGCCGAUCCAAGGCCAGCCUGGCAGUUCCGGCCAUAUUCACAUAUCCCUCUGCGACCUUGAGGGGAGAAAUCUUUUCGCUCGAGAAACACUAGACACCGACGCCCCAUGGCCAGAUGCAGCUGGACUCUCGGAUAUGGGUCGCCAAUUCCUCGCCGGCAUUCUCGAAGCAUUGCCAGGCAUUAUGCCGCUAUUUGCCCCGACGAUUAACUCAUACAAACGCAUGGUGGAAAAUUUCUGGGCUCCUGUGAAUAUCAGCUGGGGACUCGAGGACCGCAUGGCAUCCAUUCGCAUUAUUACCCCUCCAGUGUGCAAGCCCAGUGCAACGCGAUUCGAGGUGCGGAUUCCUGGGGCGGACCUACACCCCCAUUAUGCACUAAGUGCCAUUCUCGCCGCUGGGUGGCGGGGUGUGCAGAAGCAGCUCAAGAUCCAGAUCCCUCCUGUGUCGGCUCAGGGCGAUUCCCGUCCAGAGCUGUUGCCGAAUAAUUUGGAAGAGGCUCUGGAGCGAUUCGAUGCAGCCAACAGCAUUUCAAGAGAGAUCCUCGACGGCGAGUUUGUGGACUUCUUUACAGCAACGCGCCAACACGAGUUGCGAGUAUGGAGGGAGGCUGUGACUGAUUGGGAAUUUAAACGGUACAUCGAGACUGUUUGA